AUGGAUACUCUAAUAACGAAAUUUCGGCGCGGGGGACCUUUCCUCGAUUUUACCCGUGAUGACGAAUCUAUCAUCAUCAAAGUAGGAAUUGAGCCGAACAAUGCUGAGUUCAAGGUCUCGAAACUGCGUCUUGAUUACUACUCUCCUUACUUUCGCGGUUAUUUGGCCUCGAAAAUGAAGGAAGAUCUAUCCAGAGUCGUAGAACUUCAAGAGGUCUGCCCUAAGAUCUUCGGCCAUAUCGUACAGUACAUGAACACUGAAUCCAUCUUAAUUCCCGGCCCACCACAAACUCCAGAGUUGCAAGCUUUAGCUCUACAGGACCCUCCGACACUGAAAACUAUAUUGGAGACGCCUGAGAGGAGACGAAGCUCGGUGAAAUCUUAA